ACCGGAAGAAAUGAGAAUAUUCUGUUGCGCAAUCUGAUUAAUAUUCGAUAUUCAUUAUACAGUUCCUACUCAAAGAUUAUCGUCAUUAUGACCAUCAGGAUUUUAAGAUUCUUUUUGAAAUUGGAUCUGGAGGAUCUGCUGCAGUUUACGCUGCGUAUUGGAAAAAUACUACAUCAAAAUUUGCAAUUAAGAAAAUUACUAAACUUUCUGCAGGAAAAGAAAUUAUUAAUGAGAUUAAUCUAAUGAAAAUAGUUGACUUUCACCCAAAUAUAAUUAAAUUUUUUGGAGUCAUAAAAGGUGAAAUAAAUUAUUUGCUUGUUCUUGAGUAUGCGGAUGGCGGAACAUUAGGAGAAUAUUUAAACAACGCUAUAACGUUUAAGCCGGAAAUUCAAUUGAAAUUUGCUAAAGAAAUUGCAAGUGCAAUCUUAUGUUUACAUGACAAUGAUAUCAUUCAUCGAGAUAUUCAUCCCAAUAAUAUCUUAAUUCAUGGGCAUACAAUAAAAUUAGCAGAUUUUGGACGUUCAUGUCUACAAGAAUCGGAUGUUGAUACCGAAGUAUUUGGUGUAAUACCUUAUGUGGAUCCUAAAUUUCUUGAUCCAAAAAUUCCAUAUAAUUUAACGAAAAAAUCCGACAUAUUUAGUAUGGGAGUAAUAUUCUGGCAAUUAACAAGUUGUUCCUCUCCUUACAAUUUUGAAAAAAGAAAAGAUUAUGCUUCUAUUACGUUAGACAUUCUUAAUGGCUUAAGAGAAGAACCUAUUUCAAACACAAAUGUUAAAUUUAUUAGACUUUAUCAACAAUGUUGGCGACAUGAACCUGACGAAAGACCAGAUGCUAGUCAAGUAAUUUUAGAGCUUAAUAAUAUCGAUAAUUCUAAUUCUGAAGAAAGUGAAAAUGAAGAAACUAAAAUAGCAGAAGAAUUAAAAAAUGAAGAAAAUGAAGAUGACUUUGCGGAUUGUCACUUGUCAAAUUAUUGAAUUAUAUCGUAUUUUAUUUGUUUAUUCAUAUAUUUUAUAUUUUAUGUAUUUCAUUUUUGUUUUUGUUUUUAUUUUAU